AUGCCCCCGAAGCGCAAGCGAUCGACGACACUCUCCUCCGUUAAGAAUUUAGAGAUGGAUAUCGCUCAGCCAUCCUCUCGCGAUGCUUCCGGCGAAGACGUCGAAGACCCUGUGCUCCAAGAAGUCACCUCGAAAAAGGAGCGACAGGCAGAAUCACAUGCACCCACGAAGCGAGCCCGCUCCAUCAGGAACGAUGUAGAUGGAGGUGAAGACAAUGAGGGAGAGAGCGCUACUAAAAAGAGCCGACGAACGUCGUCUGGCGAGGCCUCGAAACAGGCUGCGAUUGACCGCGCCGAGCACGGCGAGAAUGGAGAAGCUGGUACAAUGAGGAUGCCGGACCCUCCAAGAGCAGGCUUGGUAGAUCCAAAGGGCUACAAGACGAAUCCUCCUCCCACCGGCAGACCCGUUCGCGUAUACGCAGAUGGAGUUUUUGACCUGUUCCACUUGGGCCACAUGCGUGCCCUGCAACAGGCAAAAACUGCAUUCCCUGAUGUCCAUCUUAUCGUUGGUGUCACUGGUGAUAAGGAGACGCACCGCAGGAAGGGUCUCACGGUGCUUUCUGCCAGGGAGCGCGCUGAGAGUGUGCGACACUGCAAGUGGGUAGAUGAGGUUGUUGAGGAUUGCCCUUGGAUCAUUACCGAUGCACCUGAAUUCCUCGAAAAGCACAAGAUCGACUACGUCGCUCACGAUGAUCUGCCUUACGGUGCAGAAGAGGGCGACGACAUCUAUUCCGAGAUUAAAUCGCGGGGCAUGUUCCUGGUUACUCAGAGAACUGAAGGUCUGAGCACAACGGGUAUUAUUACAAAGAUUGUUCGCGACUAUGACCAGUACAUUGACCGCCAAUUAAAGCGUGGAACUUCCCGACAGGAAUUGAAUGUCUCGUGGCUGAAGAAGAAUGAGCUGGACAUCAAGCGCAACAUGGCUGAGCUACGAGAUAGUAUCAAGUCGAAUUGGCUCGUUACCGGCCAGGAAUUGAGCAAGGAUUUCAAGCACUUUUGGCAGUCCAGCAGGCCAGCAAGCCCCGCACGGACGCCGGUCCAGGAACGUACGCAGGAGGGUGCAAUGACACCCAAUGCUGCAGCUGCAGCUUCUGCGGUUUCUCCAUCCGCAGUAUCACGCCUGAGUCACCUUGAUAUUCCUAGAGCCGGCGCUCCGGAGAGGGGUUCCUCGGACUUUGCUGCUGGUUACAGUCUUGGCAUGAUUGGUGGUGUUCGCUCCUGGAUGGCACGCAGCAGGCGGAACCUAAACGACAGCAGGCCCCAGAGUCCGCUCAGUGACGAAGACGAUUCUGACGAGAAGAGCCCUCAGCCACCACGUGGGCGAGCAAGCAAACAAACAAAAUCCGAAGCGAUGGAUGAACGUGCCUAA